GUUGACAGAUCUGUGGAACCCGAGCGAAUAUAGGAAGUAGAUUACACUUCGGAUUGUUAUGGAUCAAGGAGGAAGAAAUAUGCUGAACUUUUGGCUGAAUGCUUCCGUCAAGGAUAUCGUCAAUGGCUGAGAUGAAAGAGGAACUAUGUCCUGUGCUGUUGGGGGAAGGCUCUGCUGAGCUUUCUCCAGGACAGGUUUCAUCAAUACUCUAUUUAAGCCACCAAUCAGAGUAAAUGGAGCAAAACACACAGAGCAGUAGUGUUAGAAACUUGCCGGCAGGCAAGAUGAAAAAUAUCAAGAAAAUGUUUGAAACAGGAGAGACAAAUGAAGAGUUGGAGAAGUCUCGGGAACCUGAAGGACAAGAUGAUGUGACAAAGCAUCCCAAACCGGCACCAAGACAGAAACCUACCCUCUCCGCAAAACCAGCAAUCACUUCUGCUAAGCCUGCCCUUCUUAAAGGGCAGAAACCACAGUCAGUAGAAAAGAGUUAUGCAGAUCCCAAGAAAGUAACUCAGUUGAAAUCAAAUGGAAACAAAAAGGCUGAAGUUGAGGGAAAGGCAGGCUUGGCAAAACUUAAGGUAUCAUCUGAGUCCUCGACUGCAUCUCCAGCUUACGCUGUGCCAAAGAAGAAGCUGAGUCCAACAGUGACUCGCAGGAUCAAUGCUCUGCAGCAGGGUGUGGGAAGUGAUAAGGAGAAUGAGAAGGUGAAGCCACCAGUGCCACCGUCACCGGCGAAAGCUGGAUCUAAGCCCUCUCUGAACAUCCAGACAGAUGCCAAAGGAGGAGAUCGGAAAAGUGACCCAGCUGUGUCUGAGACUCUAACCAGAAACAGAAACAAGUCAAGGGAGCAGAUUGAGCAGGAGAAGCUCCGUAGGAAAUCUGAACCCAACAGUCCAAAGAGAAUAAUCAACGGCAGCGAUGCUGAUGAUGAAGACUCUUUGCCAGUGGUUCAGAGGAUGAAACGAUUUGAGUCACCCCAGAAGAAACCCACUGAAGGUUCUCCUGUGAAAAUUCAAUCACCUAACAAAUCCCCAAAGCAUCAUGCAGUACGCAGACAGAACAGUAUAGGGACGGCUAGGGAGUUAACCCAUUCCCCCUCUUCAUGCUGGUGUAUCCCCCUUUAAUUUCUCCCGAACUAAUCCCCCACUCCCUGACCUACCCCCACCUUCCAAUGAUAAUACAAA